AUGGACUCCGAUACCAGCAGAGUGUCCAGUCGACCCUCCUCUCCCGAAGGGGACGAGAUUUUCCUUUCUGCUGUUAAAAAGUCCGGAGGGUUCUCCGCUGCUGUUUCGUCAACGCAGAGUGACUCAUCUCCCGAGCUCGGCACGGACCUGAGGGGUAUUUCGAGUGUUGACGGGGACGCUCUCACAAUGAAGAUGCUCUCCAAGAAGGAUCGGAAGCUGCUGUCAGAGUCCGAGCUGCAAACCAUUCGCCUUAAGAUCAACAGUCGCGAGAGGAAGCGCAUGCACGACCUCAACAUUGCCAUGGACGGCCUUCGCGAGGUGAUGCCCUACGCUCACGGGCCCUCGGUGCGUAAACUUUCCAAAAUAGCCACUUUGCUCCUCGCGCGCAACUAUAUCCUGAUGCUCAGCAACUCGCUGGAGGAGAUGAAGCGGCUCGUGAGCGAAAUCUACGGCGGUGGGAGCAGCGGUCACCACGCAGGGUUUCAUCCGUCUGCCUGCGGUACGCUGACUCACGCAACGGCUCCGUUACCAGGUCACCCCUCUGUCUCCCACGCUUCUCACCCAGUGCAUCACCCAUUGCUCCCGCCCGCAGUCUCCACAGCCGCCACGCUCAGCGCCCCUGGCCUUUCAGCCGUAGCGUCAGUGAGACCACAUCACGGACUCCUCAAGGCACCAUCCUCCGGCACCGGUCCACUUGGAUCGGGCUUUCAACACUGGGGUGCGGGAAUGCCGUGUCCGUGUAGCAUGUGCCAGGUUCCACCACCUCACGUGUCUGGCAUGAGCUCUGUCAGCAUGCCCCGGCUCGCGAGCGACUCAAAGUGA